AUGGCGGAUAUUGAAGUUGGCUUACUUCAGGAAUGUCUUGUUGUACAGAAACAAAAUAUCCCAAGGAAACAAAACGAUGUGAGAGAUCCGGGUCACGGUCAGGCUUUGGAGAUGAGGACUUUCGGAGCUGCUGGAGGGGAAGAGGGACCAGACAAAGAAGCCGAAGAGGAACCUGAAAAAGGGCAAGAGAAGGUCCAUAAACAUGAUCACCCAUGUCUAGAACAUACUAAGCCCCAAGAUACACGUAAAUGGCAGCUGAACACAAAACACAGAGAGCCUGCCGAGCCAGAACAGCCUGAAACUGAGCCUACCGACUCUACCGACAAAAUAACAGCACAGCCAAUGAAGACAGAGACUAAAGAUAAUAAACAAUCCCAGAAAGAUGUUGCGGCAAAUUCUGAAUGUGAAGAGUUACAAACAGAUUUUCAAGGGGAUCAGGACCAAUCUACUGAUGAAG